AUGGAGUGGGGGGGGCGGGAGGGGACGGUUAAAUCCCUCAUCGAGCUGCGCCAGCAGCACCCGCGGCCUGAGCAGCGCGGGGCCGUGGUGCAGCCCGCCGUGAAGUGGGGCCCCAGGAAGUCGCCGCUUACCACGGCUGAAUUGCAGGUUGUUGAAGCUGUGGCUCUUGUAGAUACCCUUCAGAACUGGACAGUUUUAGAUAAAAUAAUUAUUCCUACAAAAAAUCCUGAUAAGAAGUUUAUUUUUGGCAAAGGAAACUUUCAGGUUUUGACAGAAAAGCUUAAAAAAUUGCCCCAGAUGACAGCUGUCUUCUUGAAUGUGGAAAGAAUAUCUUCACUAACAAAGAAAGAGCUGGAAGAUGCCUGGGGCGUGAAGGUCUUUGACAGAUACACAGUCGUACUUCACAUUUUUCGUUGCAAUGCCCGGACCAGAGAAGCAAAACUUCAGAUAGCAUUGGCUGAAAUUCCACUUCUCAGGUCAAAUCUGAAAAAUGAGGUGUCUCGGCUAGAUCAGCAGAGAGGUGGCUCAAGAUACAUUAUGGGCUCAGGUGAAACAUUCAUGGAGACACAGCAUCGUAUCUUGAAAGAAAAAGAACUUAAAAUUAGGAAUGCCCUGGAGAAACUAAGAAGAAAAAGGUCUUUACUUAGAACUCAGCGCAGAAAACGCGAGUUCCCGGUUGUCUCGGUAAUGGGCUAUACUAAUUGUGGAAAAACUACCUUGAUCAAAGCCUUAACUGGGGAAGCAGGAAUUCAACCCCGAGAUCAACUGUUUGCCACUCUUGAUAUUACAGCCCAUGCUGGCUACCUGCCCUCACACAUGGCUGUUAUUUAUGUUGACACGAUUGGAUUUCUGACUGAUCUCCCACAUAAUCUGGUUGAGUCCUUUUCAGCUACAUUGGAAGAAGUAGCUUACUCUGAUCUAAUAGUUCAUGUGAGGGAUAUUACUCACCCAGAAACCAUCCUCCAGAAAGCAACUGUUCUGUCAGUUCUGAAGAAUCUCAAUCUUCCCAGCCAUCUAUUGGACUCAAUGGUAGAAGUUCAUAACAAAGUGGAUUUAGUAGAAAGGUACAAACCGACUGAAGAAAAUGCUUUAGCCAUUUCUGCUCUACAGGGACAUGGUUUAGAAGAGCUGAAAGAAGAAAUAGAGAAAAAAAUUUUGAUAGCCACAGGGAAGAAGAUUGUGACAGUUCACGUCAACUUAGAAGGACCUCAGCUAAGUUGGCUCUAUAAAGAAGCAACAGUUCAGGAAGUAGAAGUCAUGCCUGAAGAUGGCACAGCCAGGGUGAAAGUGAUAAUCGGCAAUUCUGCUUUUGGCAGAUACAAAAACCUCUUUCCUAACAGUAAGAUUUUUAUGCCAUGA